GACAUGUGUGCCACUGAAGCGGCCGAGUCGCUCCUACAAUCCGAAGAAACCUUCUCUGCGUGUCUAGCGCGUAUCAACGCCAUCGUUCUCAAGCCCCUGCUCCAGGCGGAGCCUCAUGAGCAGAAAGGAAAGGAUAACUUGAAAUUAUUGCUGCUUUUGAACGACUGCUUCCACGCUCUCUGGGACCUGACGGAGGAAAACCACCGGACGCUGAAAGAGAAGUUCAGCAUCUCCCCGUCGCUCUGCCUCCAAGACCUCUACAUCCUGUGGAAGGGAGACCUGUUUCUCAGUGUCUACAUCCAAUACUUUGUCACCUUUGCAAACUGUGUUGUAGUCCAGGGCUUUGACCAGGCGGCAAAGAAUAAAAGUGAAUUCUGGAAGACACACAAGACAGCACUGAAGCAAUUCCUUGCAGACUUCACCUCCGAGACAUCCAUACCGGUGGCCCUGCAUACAGUACUCCAUAAACCUCUCCGGGAUCACGUGCAGCAAUAUGCCCUCAUCCUUACCAGGCUCAGCGAGGCCAUUGGCAAGAGCCCUGACCAAGAACUCGUCACCAGUGCGGCCAAGCAAUAUGCCAAGCUGCAGUCUUUCAUCAGCCAAGUCCUGGAUGAAGCCUGCCUGACCAAAGCCCUGUGGAAGUCCUUGGGACACAAACUCACGGAGUGGCUCUGUGUUCCUGAGCGCAGGCUGCUGGAAGACAGCAAAAACCUUCCGGUCUUUGCCAGCGUGGGCCGAACCAACCGGGUUUUGCUCUUUGAUGACAUCCUAGUGCUGAUUCAGGGGAACAACUGCCAGAGUUUUGAUCUGAAGCUUGUGUGGGUGGAUGGAUCCGGCAGUGAAAAGCCAGCCCCAGAGAACAGGCAUACGAUCCAUAUCGUCACACCAGAAGAAGCGUUCUUCCUCUCUGCCAAAGAGCCACGCAUGAAGGCAGUCUGGCAGUGGAAGCUGAACCAAGCCGUGCGCCAGGCGCUGAAUGGGAAGAGAGAUUUCCCCUUGUGGGGUGAGGCCAGGGAGGGAAGCGAGCCUCCUAUCCAUCGCUGCUUCAAGUACGUGUUCCGAGCAGAGGGCAGAUUCAAGAACGCCGCGUACGAAGGUGAAUGGUACUGGGGGAAACCACAUGGCAAGGGGACGCUGAAGUGGCCUGAUGGCCGGAACCAUGUUGGGGAUUUCAAAGAGGGCCUGGAACAUGGGUUUGGAAUCUGCCUUGUCCCGCUCAUCUCCGAAGACAGGUACGACUGCUACAAAUGCCACUGGUGUGAAGGCAAAAUGCGAGGCUAUGGAAUCUGUGAGUAUGGAAAUGAGACGGUUUACAAAGGAUACUUUAACGAUAAUCUGCGUCAAGGAUUUGGCAUCCUGGAAAACCCUUCAGCGGAGCAGCCAUUUAAGUACACAGGGCAGUGGGAUAAUGACAAGAAGAAUGGAUAUGGAGUCUGGGAUGACAAGGACAGAGGGGAGAGGUACAUUGGGAUAUGGCAAGAUGACCACAGGCAUGGACAAGGCAUUGUGGUGACCCAGUCAGGCGUGUGCUACCAAAGAACGUUUCAUGUGGAUAAAAUGGUGGGUUCCGGGAUUCUCCUCUUAGAAAAUGACUCCGUUUAUGAAGGCAACUUCACAAGAGAUCUGACAUUUGUUGGAAAGGGAAAGCUGACCUUUUCCAAUGGCUUCACUCUGGAGGGCACCUUUAGUAACAAAUCCGGCCAAGGGCUUCAGACGCAAGGAAUCCUGAACACUUCCAGCGACCAGCAAGAUGCCUCAAUAACCAAAGUUCAACUGGGUCUUGAUGAGUUCCCGGUGGAGAAGAGAUGGCAGGGUAUCUACGACCAGUUUCUGGGAUUCCUCCACUCUGGCUGCAAAGAAGAAAUGGAGGAGUCCUUCACCGGGUUCCAUAUACAGACAAGCAGGGAGCUGCGCAAGUCUCAGGAGUACCUCUUCUGCCAAAGGGGGCCCGAGGAUGUCUCUGGGAAGAUAGAGGAUGUCCUUGAAGAACUAGUUCAGCAUCAGGAGCUGGAGUCGCUCCAGUGUUAUUUACAAAAGGCUUUUAAGUCUUCCCUGCACCCACUAGGAAAGCUGUUGAAGGCCCUGACGUUCGCUUUUCAGGCUACAUACUCUGGGAUUGGGGCAAACAAGCACCUACUGAACAUGGCACAAGAGGAGGUCAAGUACUAUGCCAAGAAAAUAUGGGAGCUUUACCAGGGUUUACUACAUCUGGCAUUGGAGCAGAAAGGCCAACCGCUGGCAGAGACAGAAGAUGGAGAGAAAAGUGACCUGAAUGCAUACAGAGUGAUUCUGCCUCUGAUCCUGCCCUGUUUCUAUCCGGAGCUCUUCAUGCUGUACAUGCUCUAUCAUGAGAAGGAAGAUGACCUCUACUGCCAGGGGAUUGUGGACCUGAGUUUAUUUCCUGACAUUAAGCUGCUAGAGGUCCUGGACGUACAGAAACACCUGUGGCCCCUCAAAGAUCUCACCCUAACGACCAAUCAGAGACGUUCUCUUGUCAAAGACAAGUGCUUCCUUUCUGCUACGGAAUGUCUGCAAAAGUUGAUCACUACUGUGGACCCCCGGGAAAAGCUGGAGAUCCUUCAGAAGACCUAUGAGGAGAUAGAGAGCACUGUGUCACGAGUAGUGGAGAGGGACUAUAAACUCCCAAUGGAUGACCUCUUGCCGCUGUUGAUGUAUGUUGUAUCGCGGGCCAGAAUACAACAUCUAGGAGCUGAGAUACAUCUGAUCAGAGAUUUGAUGGACCCUACCAAUGAAGGAGGGAUGUAUGACUUUCUGUUAACAGCACUGGAGUCGUGUUACGAGCACAUUCAAAAAGAUAUGAGGCUGCAUCAAAGGGAGACCUGGCAUGUGGCACGUGAUCCUUGA